CGCCGUCACACUGUUCCGCAGUCACAGUCACACUGGCGGAAGUUGUAGCGCCGCGCGCAGUGAAUUUUUUUCUGUAACAACAACAACAACACCAUCAACAUCUCUACCUACAACAACUUCAGAGAGAGAGCGCGCCCACAAAAAAACAACAACAACAGUUACAGAAACGAAGGGAGACAAGUAACAGUGCCGUUAGAAGCAGUUAACGAUAUAAAUAUGAGUGGCGCCUGAGAAAAGAAUGCCGUAGAAAUUGCAAUUACAAGAGAAUCUGAUACGAAAGAACGGCAGACCACAAUACAGAGACAUAAAAGAGCGUACGCCAGAAGAAGACAACACCAACAACAACAACAGCAGCCGCACCUGACGUACAACAACAACUACCACCAGUCGACAACAAUUGAAGAGAGUGUCUUCUUCACUCUCUUUUUUGUAUGUGUGUGGGGCUCGUUCGCCAAAAAAAUAUAUCAAGUAGCAGAGAGAGAGUGGGAGAGAGAGAUUGACAAGCAAACAACAACCAACCUAACGGCACCCAUCCAUCAUCAGCAGCAGGCCAGCUGAGAGCGCUGAGCGCCAGAGGCAGGAAACAAACUGCUCUCUCUUAAUCUCUACUAAAAUUCUGCGAGAACGACAAAAGCAACUUGACCACUCGAGACGCUCCCCCCCGUCCCACGCACGCACAGACACACACACACACAAACCAUCACAACAAAGUGAACGGUUAUUUUUUUUUGAUAGAUCGAUAGAAGUGCUAUCGAUAAACGUGUAUAUAUAUAACUAUAUAUACAAACAGAAAGAGGAAGAGCACGCAGAGUAUUUUGUUGAAUAAAAUACUCGUGCCCCAAACAAACUCAGGAUAUGUACGGCAACAAUAAUCCGGGUAGUAACAAUAAUAACGGUGGUUAUCCCCCAUACGGUUACAACAAGUCGAGCGGUGGGCGUGGAUUUGGCAUGUCGCAUUCACUGCCAUCUGGAAUGUCACGUUAUGCGUUCUCACCACAGGAUACAGAAUUCUCAUUUCCAAGUUCCUCGUCCCGUCGCGGUUACAAUGAGUUUCCCGGCGGCGGUGGCAUUGGCAUUGGUGCCAAUGGCGGCAGUGCCAAUAAUCUUGGCGGCAAUAUGUGCAACCUGCUGCCAAUGACCAGCAACAAUUCGCUUAGCAAUCUAUGCGGACUGUCGCUGGGCAGCGGCGGCAGCGAUGACCACAUGAUGAUGCACGAUCAGCGAUCCAGCAACACCAAUCUGAUUGUGAACUACUUGCCCCAGGAUAUGACUGAUCGCGAGCUGUACGCCUUAUUCAGAGCCAUUGGACCCAUCAACACGUGCAGAAUCAUGAGAGACUAUAAGACUGGCUACAGUUUUGGUUAUGCUUUCGUGGACUUCACGUCGGAAAUGGACUCACAGCGCGCCAUCAAAGUGCUGAAUGGCAUUACGGUGCGCAACAAGCGGCUAAAGGUUUCUUAUGCUCGUCCUGGCGGUGAAUCCAUCAAGGAUACCAAUCUGUAUGUGACCAAUCUGCCGCGCACCAUCACCGAUGAUCAGCUGGACACGAUCUUUGGCAAAUACGGUUCCAUUGUGCAGAAGAAUAUCUUGCGUGACAAGCUGACGGGUCGGCCGAGGGGCGUGGCAUUUGUGCGCUAUAACAAACGGGAGGAGGCACAGGAGGCCAUCUCGGCACUGAACAAUGUCAUACCCGAGGGCGGGUCCCAGCCGCUGUCCGUGCGCCUGGCCGAGGAGCAUGGCAAGGCGAAGGCGGCGCAUUUCAUGUCACAGAUUGGCGUGCCAGCGCCAAAUGCACCACCGCCGCCACCACCACCACCGCCCCAUAUGGCGGCCGGCUUCAACAACAUGGUUCACAGAGGUGACAACUUUGCUGAUUUGCUUGACGGACUGUACCGUAGGAAGUACCAUUAUCCCUACUUAUAAUUGACACCGCAUCAGCAGCAGCAACUACAACAACAUCAGCUGCAGGCGAUUGGCAAUAGCAACAGUAAUAACAACAGUAACACCAAUAUUAACAAUAUGCUACUCUACCAUCAACAAUAUCAUCAACAACAACAAGAAAUACAACGCCUGGGCAAUACUGCUGCUGCUCAUAGUUUGAGCCCGAAUGGAGGAAUCAACAACAACAACAACAACUUCAAUCAAUCCAAUAACAAUCUCUCCAACAAUCAUUUGGAUGUAAUACGACAGAAUGGAGUCGCUGCCCUGAAUUAUCUUCAACAACAACUGCAAUUACAGCAACCGCAAUCACAACAGCCACUACUAUCACCACCACCGUACCAGCCACAGCUGAAUGGACACUCAUCCCGUCAACAACAACAACAACAGCAAAAGCAUCAACAGCCCUCCAGUAGUAGCAGUCUAAACAACGGCCACACCAACACCCAAACCAACAGUGGCAGUAAUGAAAUGCUACACAGAAAUAAUACAAACCAAAUCAACACAUACAACAACAACAGCGGUAGUAACCAGAACAACAACAGUUACACCAAUAACAAUAGUACUGGACUGCCACUCGCCAACAAUUACAGCAACAGCAGUAAUGGUGGACUAACACUUAACAAUAGUUACUCCAACAACAGUGGAAAUGGCCUGGCACUCAACAGCACUUACACUAAUAGCAGUAAAAGUGGGCUGGCACUCAACAAUAGCUACACCAACAACAGUGCCAGUGGUCUGGCACUAAAGAACAGUUACAGCAACAUUAGUGGGAAUGCCCUGGGACUCAACAACACCAACAACAGCAACAGUCUUCUGUCACUCAACAACUCUUACUCGAACAACAGUAGUAGUGGUCUGGCACUUAGCAACAGCUUCACCAACAACAGUGGGAAUAGCCUGUCACUCACCAACAGCUUUACCAACAAUAGUAGCAGCAACAGUGGUCUAGCGCGCCACAGCAACUCAGGCCACAAUAGCAGUUACACCAACAAUCAGGGUCGCACAGGCCCAACCAACUGCAGCAACGACAGCAAUGGUCUACAGCAACACAACAGCAACAGCAACAGCAGUCAUAACAAUCAGAGCAACGGCAGCCACAGUCGUCGCUCGCCACAAAAUGAGUUCAGCUUCAAUAUAUCGACCACUGAACAGGAGCUGCAGCAGCAAACACUCAAGCUGCAGCAACUGCACAUCAGCAACAGCUUCCAUUCAACAUCAGCACCAACAACAAUUGAAGGAACAACAACAGCAGCCACGGCAGCGACAACCACAGCCAAUCACACAUCCAAUGUUGGCUUCCUCUGGCGUACAUAGCCUCAAACGUUUAAUUAAAAAAGAAAAAAAAAUAUAUAAAAAAUUAUAUAUGAAACCCUUUUAUGGAUCAUCGUAGUAGCAGUGUCCAUUGAAACCAUUUAUCCGUAUAGAUACGAAACCCAAAAUUUUAUGUUCUCAAACCCCGAUACCUUUUUUGUGUAUGUUCCUCAUUCGAACUUAUAUGUUGUAGUACGUUUUUUUUUCUUUUUGUGCUUUUUUUUGGGAUGAAUCUUUUUUUUUCUUUUUGUAACUAGCUGUAAGACAAGACAAGUAUAUAUAAAAGAAAUACAUAACUAUAUUAUAUACAUAUAGAUGGAGAGAUCUAGAUCGAAGAAAAAGGCGAUCAUUUUUUUUGCGUACACCUAGAGAAAGAACUACGAAAACACAUUUUUUGUCACAUAUUUAUAAUUAUAAAUAAUAUACAAAAAAAAAAGAAUAUAUACAAGAAUACAUAUAUAUAUAUAUACAAAAACACACACAUAUAAUUAUAUAUCUAAUACUACAUAGCAUACUUGUAGGCGUGAAGACAUAAGCUCUGUUUUUUUUUCUCCGUGUCUGAAACUGAUUUUUUUGGCGCGAACUAUGCCGCAACAACGUACACGAAUUUCGUGUAUGUUUAUAGCUGAAGUUAAUCCAGAUACUAUAUGAUUAUCUUAUAAAUAUUGUUUUUUUUUCAUUAUUUAUAAUCCAAUUUUUUUGUCUAUUCAAUAUAUACCGUAACCAUAAUGGACUGGAAAGGCGGCUGCGCAUGCUCAAGUUUUCAGGCUGUUUAAUAAUAAACGAAAACAAAAAUACAAGAGAAAUACUUAGCUAGAGAUAGGCUCGAGCAGAGGGCGAACUUUGAGUGGGGAACGGCACGAGACGCUAUCUCCCCACACGAAAUUACAUAAUAUCAAUUUUUUUCAUAGCUAUAGAGAAGAAACGCUUCCUUUUUUUUUAUAACAUAAUAAUCGAUGUGAAAUCCACUUUUUUUUUAGUUUAUUUUAUGAAAAGACUUGAGCAUGUGGCAGCGAAAACGAAAACGAAAACAAGCAUUGUAAGAAGGAAAGCAAAAGAAUGAAUGAAACCACGUGAUAAGAGAGUCCGACGAAAAGGAAAAUCAGAAGAGACAGAAAUUCAGAGAGUAGAAAUGGAAAAGCAAAUAGAAGGAAAACAAAAGCACUCAAAAUCUUAAGCGCCUGUGGGUGGGGGGGUUGAGACAACUGGUCUAGGCAUAAAAUAUGAACUAUCCAAUUUUGUAUUUAAUCAUCCCGCACUGUUUUUUGUUUUUAUUUUCAUGUACUUAGUUUUAAGUUUGUUUUUGAUUUUCGUUUCAAUUUAUUAUGAUAUUUCUUGGCCAGCCAUGCUCUCCCCCCUGAAAGCAGAAAGCAUUCAUAAUUUUUUCGGUGUAGGUGCAUAAAUUAAGGGAAAAACAUAAACGACACAAAUGUAGAAAAUGCGAUCUAAAGUUUUUUUUUCGUUUACACCUAUCAAUAUUUGUAUGCAUUAACUUAUGAAUGUGAAAACUUUUAAUUUGUCCACACAAAAUUUUAAUUUUGGAAACCCCAUUUAUUUCUAAUUUUAUUUCCCAGUCCCACAUCUGGCUUCAAAAUACAAUAAUUACCAACAAAUAAGCAACAAAAAUUAUCUAAUAAACAUUUUCACCAUCAGAAACAUGCACACUGAGUUUUCUUUUAGUUUAUUAGCGUUUUUAUUUCUUGAAGACAAGAUCCCUUUCCCCAGAGUUUGUGCGGAAGAAAAAAUGUCAACGAAUUAGUACACUUAAAAGAAUUUUUUUUCAAAAUAAAAACUAGCUUUAAGAGAAAACGUAAGCUAAAUAAAAGUAUUUGAAAGGCGAAUCGAAACACAGUAAGAACUCGAUUAAACCUACAGCUUGGUUGUGCUGAACACUCAAACGUUACGAUUCUAAACAGAAUUCUAAAAACAAUACCCGAAUAUACCGAUAAUAGGAUUCCCGAAUAAG